AUGGUUCUAAAAGACUAUGGAGUAGUCGAUCACAAAGCUGAGUUUAGUUAUCUACCGAGUGAUUUGAUUGAUACUGUAGGCUCUCCACCAGUGAGUAUCGCUAAUGAUCGUCAGCUCAAAAAUUUUGUUGGGUACUCUAGGAAUAAAACAUCGGUAAAUCUGUGUGUGACAUUCACUGCAUACGCUGAACAUCCUGAGAUUCCGAUUAACAUCGAAUUGAUGAAGAAAGCCUCUGAUUCAAGCUGUAUGAAAAACGAUCAGGUUGUGAAGUCAGGUGAUGAUGAUAUUAGAGGCAUUGGCCAUAAAGUUGAGGAAGAGUUUGAUGAACCCGUUAUAGUUGACAAAAAAGUUGAUGGUGAGCAGAACGUUCGGCUUAACUUGCUUGAUGUCGUAAAGAAGGAUCAAAUUUUUAGAAGCAAAACAGAGUUGAAGGCUUCUUUGAAAAUUUCUGCGAUGAAGUAUAAUUUUGACUACAACGUACUGGAAUCAACCAAACGUGUGUGGUGUAUCCGCUGCAAAGAGAAGUCAUACAACUGGCGUAUUCGUGCACAGCGUCUUGAAGGGUCAGAGUAUUCAGAAUCAAUAAGACCUAGCCCUAGAGAAAUAAUUCAUUUUAUUCGUACCGAGCAUGGAUGUGACAUCUCUUACGACCAUGCUUGGGAAGCACGUGAGUAUGCGAUUAGUAUUGUUCGAGGCAUUCCCGGGAAAAGCUAUGCCAAAAUUCCUAAAUAUUUGCACAUGCUGAAAGAAGCGAAUCCAGGGACCCAUACGCAGUAUGAAACUGACAUUACAGGACGUUUCAAGUUUCUGUUCCUCUCUUUCGGUCAAUCAGUACGAGGUUUUUACAAAGCUAUUCGCAGAGUGAUUGUUGUAGAUGGGACAUUUUUGAAAAAUAAAUAUAAAGGAGUUUUGCUCGUUGCUACAGCAUUAGAUGGCAACUCGAACUUAUAUCCGAUCGCAUUUGGGGUUGUCGAUUCAGAUAACGACCUGUCUUGGGAGUGGUUUAUGAGGCAACUAAAAGUUGUCAUUGCGGAUGAGGUGCGUUUGGCUUUUGUGUCAGAUAGAAAUGUUUCUGUAAUUAAAGCACUUGAGAAAGUGUACCCACAAUCUAGCCAUGGUAUCUGUAUCCACCACUUGCUGAAUAAUGUGAUAACAUUUUUCAAGACACAAGGUUUGACUGGUUUGAUUGCGAAGGCUUCUAAAGAGUACAGAGUUUCUGCUUUUGAUACCAAGUUUGCUGCCAUUUGUUAUAUUAGUCCAGCUGUUGGAAAGUAUCUUCAGGACGCUGGUGUUGAGAAAUGGGCACGAUGCAAAUUCCCCGGAUUUAGGUACGAUGUUAGAACCACUAACCCAGCUGAGUCGAUAAAUAAUAAAUUGCUAACUCCUAGAGAGUACCCAGUUAUUCCUCUACUCGACAGCAUCAGAGAAAUGUUAACCAAUUGGUUUUUUGAGAGUAAAAAACUUAGCUCAAAGCAUCAGGCUCCUCUAACAGUUGAGGUUGAGACAAAGAUCGAGAGAAGGAUUGAUAAGGGUAAAACAUUCAUUGUUUACCCAGUUAGCCAGGAUCGAGUUUUGGUCAGAGCGUUUUCUGUGAACCAGCAGAUACACACUCCCACCGAUCAUUAUUACACUACUGAGGCAUGGAGAACAGCUUAUGAGGAAUGCAUUAAUCCAAUUACAGGUCCUGAGGAUGAUUGGUGUGUCCCUGAUCAUGUUGAACAUGCCAAAGUUGUAGAACCGGAAUCGCGACGAGCAGCUGGACACAGGAAAAAACGACGAUACGAAAGUGUGGAAGACAAGAUACGAGCGUUCCAAGGAUCACAACGGUCUAAGAAGCACAAGUGCAGUCGCUGUGGUAUCAAAAGACAUAAGAGAGGGACAUGUGACAUGCCAAUAUAG